AUGCGAUUGGAAUCGCCAUCUAUCUUUGGAAAUAAACUGCCUUUACAUUUCGUUGGCAGUAUCAUUCUAAUUAUUGCCAUAGCAUGCAACGUCCCAUGUAUAUGGGCUUUAUCUGAUAUCAAUAGCCUUACAUGUUGCAAUUUAGUAGCUUUGCGACGGAAUGUGGGAAAAGUCAUUGUUUUAGUCAAUAUAAAUCUUACAAUAUUUAAAUUUAGAUGGGAUUUUGUAUCGAUAUACGACGGCCCCGCAACUUCAUCUCCACCACUAGCAGUACUUUGUGGAAAUCGAUCAUUAGCGUAUGGUUAUAACGAUACAUUUGUCUCUACAGGAUCCUCCAUGACAGUUAUGUUUACAAGUGAUUCGCUAGUCAAUACGAAUGGGUUUAUUGGUGUAUUUCAAUCUCAAAAUGCUACAGAAACAUGUGAUGUUUUAUCAGACUGUGGGUCUAAUGGGCAGUGCAACAAUGGAUUGUGUCUGUGCAAUUCCGGUUACUACGGAGCAUACUGCCAACACGCAUUUUCAGACAUGACUGUGUUUUCUCCACGACAGCAGCAUGCAGUAGCGUAUGAUAAGACACUUGAUGUCAUGUAUUUAACAUUUGGAAGAAAUUGGACAGAUUAUUACUCAGACAUGUGGGCAUAUAGUUUUGGUACUUCAAACUAUCGUGCAAUGACUGACCUUUGGUCAUUUGAUCCAGUCAUAAAAUCAUGGAAAUCAAUUCAAUCUUCCAUUAGCAGUUCACCUACACCAACAAUGGACUCGUCAACAGUAGUGGUAGUAAAAAGCCAGUCAUACCAGUUAUAUGUUUACGGUGGAUUUGAUGCACUUGGAUACUUUACACGAGUCUUGUCAAUGUUUGAUUCAGCUACGCUCAAAUGGACUAAUCUGGCUUCUGGACCGAUUGCACUUGCUGGUGGAACAGGCGUCUAUAACGAAAAAACCAACACGAUUCAAUUUUUCUCAGCUUAUCCGCUUCUUCUUACCGACAGUAUCUUGCAAAGACAUCAGUAUGUUUUUGAAUACUCCAUUUCAACCGAUACAUGGUCACAGAACGCUGUUCAGGGAAUUUCACAUAAUCGAUACUUGGCUCAAGCUGUUUAUAUUGAUCAGGAAUACGCAAUCAUGUUUGGCGGACAGGAAAAGGGAUGGGAUUCGUCGCGAAUUGACGACGAUUGUUUUUCUGGAGAAAUGCAGAUACUGGAUAUAGCUUGUGGUACGUGGUCGUACUAUGAUGACCCAACAGUGACUAGAUACAGAAGGCUUGGAUUUGGGAUGGUCAUGCGGAAUAAUUCAUUGGUUUUAGUUGGUGGUUCAGACGGAGUACUCAAAAAUGAUAUAGUUCAAAUUAAUCUUUCUACUUUACCUCAGCCUAGUACAGUCCCUCCUGAUGGUCAAUGCAAUCUUGUUUCUGGGAAUUUGACUCUGCCACCCCAAUGCAAACCUACAGUGAAUCGUGACAUAUGUCGAGCUCAAACGUAUUGCUCUGCCGAAUUUGCAUGCUCGACAUGCUCGGAAAGACUGUACUGUGGAUGGUGCAACGAUAGAUGUGGAUUCGACAACUCCACACUUCCAUUACCCAAUCUCCAAAUAUCUCAAAACAUGUCUUUUGUGAAUUUGUGUUUAGCAGCAACCUCGAUAAAAUCGCCAAACUCAUGUCCAGCAGACGUAGAUGUAAUACUAUCUAAUUUAUCAUCGCCAUUUGUAAUGCUACGAUCCACGAUUAUUGCUGUGCGUCCAUCAACUCCGACAUCUACUGCAGGGAAACUGACAUUCAAUUCAACCAUGCUUAAAGGUUACCUUGGUCCAAUUACAAUCCGUAUAUCCUAUAACAAUGAUGUAGGUGUGUACCCACUGCCACCUUCUCCAGCACGUAUGAUGAAUCAAUUCAACUCGACAACAUACAUGCUGUCUAUUCUAUAUACAAGCCCUGGUGUGACAAAUAGCAAUCCAGCAACUGUUGCAUUUCCUUUAUCGGAUAUUGCAACGUUGGUGCUGAUUUUUCUCGCAGGGAUAUUUAUGAGUGUAGGCGCCUCAUAUUUGUUGCGAUAUUCAAGAGAGCAUUUUUUGCGAAGACAGUUUGCAGGAACUAGAGCAGGACAUGGUGCUCUAGGAGCACCAGCGGCUUUGCCCAAAGAUCCGCCUAGAAUGUAUCGAUUAAUGGUUGAUUUGGGAAGUGGGGCGGGUAUCAAAUGGUAUGGAGCUGCAAUGAGCCAAGCAUCCAUUUGCUCUAUUGAUAUUUCAGAUAAUUAUGUGAACCCCAGCAAGAAUGAUCGAAAAUCAGUCAUCGAUGUGUUUCCGCAUCCGAUUUCAGGGGCUUACAACGGAACCAACACUACUUUACAAAAAACCAUUCCGCGAGUCUUGGUUACACGGCCGCCAACACGUUGGCCUAUCAGUGUUGAAAAUUUAACAAACAGGCAUCCCAAUACCAUGCAUCCUCUAGCUAGUACAACCUGCUUUAUACUCUAUCCUGGUGCAGAGAAAUACAUUAGACAAGGUGAUCUGCCUGUCAUGGCAUUAGGAACACACAUAUUUAAAGUGUAUCCAGUAGAGUAUCCAGUCAAGUCAAAGCUGGACGAGAUGAGCAUAGAAGAUGGAUCGGUAGAAAAAAAUCGACAUCAGACACUUGCACAGCGGAGUGGGCUGAUCAUUAAAACAAUAUUUACUAGUACAAAUCACUGA